ACCUGUGGACCGGGUGGCAGCCCUCCACACCAGUGCAUGAAGUUGGCAGUGCGCAAAGUAAAUUAUACUUAAAAUAUCCAUUUCAAAACACACAUUUAAAACAACGAUUUUGAGCCGUGCACGCGGUAACCGUGUAAACUGUUUAUUGUUAUUGUUAUUGAGAUGUUAGUGAGACACAGAGCAUUGCUUGCGCUUUCUAAUCGCAUUCGUUGAUGUUUCAAAAAAAAAACACGCGCGUUGCGCGUCGUGCGAAACAUAUUCAAAAGUUGUUUGCAACUCGCUGUGUGUGUAUGGUUGUGUGUGUGUGCUGGCUUUAUUAAACAUUAACAUUGCGAAAAAUCAAUAUACAUUGUGUUCGUUAAGUCUUGUGUGUUCGACUUUGUAUAAUGUGUAUGUGUCGGUGUGUGUGCGUGUGUGUGUUUUUGUAAUUGUAUAUGUAUGCGCACCGUAAGGUUGUAGUGUAAGAUUUUUGUUAAACAAAAAAAGGACGCCAGGAGUAAAGGAGAAGGGGACAAAACACGCGCCUAAUAAACACAUCAAACAACAACGGCCAGAAAUAAAAGAUAAACGAGCCUGACUUUUUGAGCUUCCAAUCCGAGAGCUUCCAACGGCUUCCAUUUGGAGUUAAGAGACUGGGAAGACUGGUAACUGGAAACCUGGUAAUUGGAGGACAUUGGAGACUGGAGAGACUGCAAUCUGAUUGAUUGAGUGUUGCACGUGGCGUGGCGUGGGCAGAGAGAGAGAGAGAGGAUUCACAGCUGCAACACAAGCCACACGAUGAGUGCUGCCACACAAGAGUUCUGUGUGCGAUGGAACAGUCAUUUGGGCAGCAUUGGUGCUGCCUUUCCACAGCUGUUGGCGGGUCAGAGAUUCGUGGACGUGACCUUGGCCUGUGAAGGUCAUCAGGUGCAUUGCCAUCGACUCGUUUUGGCCGCAUGCUCCACAUACUUUGAGGCCAUUCUGGCCGAGAAUCCAUGCAAGCAUCCAGUGAUCAUAUUGCCCAGCGAAAUCAAACUCUGGGAAAUUCAAGCGUUAGUUGAUUUCAUGUACAAGGGCGAGGUGAACGUAACGCAGGCGGGAUUAGGACAACUCUUGCGUUGUGCGGAACAAUUGCGUAUACGUGGUUUGUAUGGAUCGGAGGCGGCUAUCAACUACAAACAGUUGCAACAAAUGCGACAGGAGUUGGCAACACAGGAGACAACUUCGUCACUGAAACAAGAGGCACAACAGCAGCAGCAGCAGCAACAACAGCAGCAGCAACAACAACAAUUGGACAGCACAGAGACGGAUGAUACGGCCACCAAUUCAACAACAUCCACAACAAGCACAACGGCAUUGUCCGCCAAGCAACAACAACAGCAGCAGCUGCAGCAACAAUUGCUGUUGCAGCAACAACAACAGCAGCAGAAGGAACAACGCCAGCAACGACAGCAAACAAAUGGCAAAGAUGCGCUGCAGUUGCAAUUGUUGCAACAACAACAGCUGCAGCAGCAACAACAGCAGCAGCAGCAACAACAACAACAACAAACAAAUGCUGGCUCCUCGGCAGCAGCUUCCAACAAUUCGAAUGCGCCAACUGAGGAUGAUUCCGCCGAUGAUGCGAGCAACAAUUGGAAUGCCUAUAGCGAGCAUUAUGAGGACAACAAACUCAGCGUGCAACUGUUGCAACAACAAGAACAACAACAACAACAGCAGCAACACCAGCAGCAGCAGCAGCAACAACAACAACAACAGCUGCAACAGUUGCAACAUCAUUUGGACUCCACCAUCGAGGAUGAUCACAAUUAUGUGGCCGCCCAUGAUGAGGAUAAUGAUAGCAGCGGUUUUGUGGCAACUGGAAAUGCAAGCAACAUGUCUGUGGCAACUGGUUUAUCCUUGAGCAUGGACACGGAUUUGGAUACAAGCGCCAACACAUCGGGCUCAUCGCUGUUGCACAGCUCUAUCGAUGGUUAUACAUCGUAUAAACGGGUACGCCGAUCGGAGGCAUCGUUAGCGCAGGCGGCCAAGUGCGUAUCCAAAGGUGAAACAUUUCAAACGGUCAGCAAUAUGUUCAACAUACCCGUCUCCACCAUACGCUUCUAUAUGGCACGCAAGGGCAUUUUGCCCAAGCGUAAGCGUGGACGUGGCGCCUCACAUGCGGGCAGCACCAUUACCACAACGAAUUCAACGGGAAAUGCCACCUCGGCGGCAGCGGCAGCGGCGGCAGCAGCAGCUGCCACAAUGGCAGCGGCCACAACGUUGGGCAGCUUAUCGCAAGUUGGUGCACAUCAUUUGCCACAUCAUCUGCCACUCGAUGUCAUACAACUGAAGCGUCUUACAAAUGCUGGAGCAAUGGGAGUGGGAGUGGGAGGAUCAAUUGGUGGCAUUGGAGGUGCAGGUGUUGGUGCAACUAGUCCGACAUCUGCAACAGCUGCUGCUGCCGCUGCUGCCAUGGCGGCUGCUGUGGCAUCAUCAUCACCCGGCUUAGAAGUUGCAACUGCUGCCGGCGUACCCUUCCAUCUGCUCAGCGAUGCGGCCGCCUUCAAGCUGAGCGAACAGCAACAACAGGCGCACAUAAUCUAACCGCGAUAUUGCAUACGCUUCCACCUAAUCCAUAUGUGAAA